AUGAAGACACCUCACAAAAAGGCAACUGCAAGGCAGCAAACAAGGGACAUUGUUGAUGGCCACACCUUGUCUGCAAGUAUGAGGAAGAAAAAGAUUUCUCAAAAGAAACAGAGGGGCAGACCUUCCUCCCAGCCCCGCAGGAACAUCGUGGGCUGCAGAAUUUCACAUGGAUGGAAGGAAGGCGAUGAGCCCAUCACCCAGUGGAAAGGAACCGUUCUGGAUCAGGUGCCUAUAAAUCCCUCUCUUUAUCUGGUGAAAUAUGAUGGAAUUGACUGUGUCUAUGGACUGGAACUUCACAGAGAUAAAAGGAUUUUAAAGCUUAAAAUCCUUCCUGAUAAAGUGCCAUUUUCUCGAGUCAGAGAUGUGCGCCUUGCAAAUACCAUAAUUGGUAAAGCUGUGGAACAUAUGUUUGAGGGUGAGCAUGGUUCUAAGGAUGGAUGGAGGGGGAUGGUCUUAGCCCAAGCACCCAUUAUGAAAGCCUGGUUUUAUAUUACCUAUGAGAAAGAUCCUGUUUUGUACAUGUACCAGCUUUUAGAUGAUUAUAAAGAAGGUGACCUCCAUAUCAUGCCAGAAUCGAGUAAGUCUUCUCCAAAAGAGAGAGAGCCAGAAGGAGUUAUAGAUGGCCUCAUAGGUAAACAUGUAGAAUAUACCAAAGAAGAUGGCUCCAAAAGGACAGGCAAAGUAAUUCACCAAGUUAAAGCCAAACCUUCUGUGUACUUCAUCAAGUUUGAUGAUGAUUUCCAUAUCUAUGUCUAUGAUUUGGUGAAAAAGUCUUAA